AUGUGCGGCAGGGCCCGGUGCACCCUCAGCCCGGCCCAGGUUGCCAGGGCCUUCGGCUUCCCCACCACCUCCGCCAACGCGGGCGGCGGUGGAGACGGCCCCGCUGUGCCGACGAUCCAUCUUGACCGGUUCCGGCCGUCGUACAACGUGUUGCCUGGGGCGUACCUGCCUGUGGGCGCCGUGCGGGCACGACCAGGCUGCGGCGACGGAGGACGGGGUGCGGAUGGGGAGGGGCCGGUGAUCCAGUGCAUGAAGUGGGGGCUGGUGCCCAGCUUCACCAGCAAGACCGAGAAACCCGACCAUUUCAGGAUGUUCAAUGCCAGAUCAGAGUCUGUAAAAGAAAAGGUUUCAUUCCGUCGACUAAUUCAAAAGAAUAGGUGCCUUGCUGCAGUAGAAGGGUUUUAUGAGUGGAAAAAGAAUGGAUCAAAAAAACAGCCAUACUACAUACAUUUUCAAGAUCAUAGGCCUCUUGUCUUUGCAGCCUUGUAUGAUACGUGGACAAAUCCAGAAGGAGAGAUCAACCAUACAUUCACUAUUUUGACUACACGUGCCUCAACUUCUCUAAACUGGCUUCAUGAUAGAAUGCCUGUUAUCUUAGGCAGUAAGGACUCUGUUAAUGCUUGGUUAAAUGAUGCUUCUGUAAAACUUGAAGAAAUUACUGCACCCUACGAAGGAGCUGAUCUGGUUUGGUAUCCAGUGACAUUCGCAAUGGGUAAAACAUCAUUUGAUGGACCUGAGUGCAUCAAAGAGGUACACAUCGGACCUACUGAUAAGCCUAUUUCAAAAUUCUUCGCCAAGAAAUCGACUGCCUACGGCCAAUCAGGGAAGCAUGAGAAGAUGUCACGGGAGCUUUCAGGAACACUUGCUUACAAAGCAGCAAAAGCCGAAUGUGAUGAAUCAGUACAAAAUCAACCAGAGGACGUCAACCAACAACAGUCCCGAGAGAAGCAAACUACUAAUAGUACUGUAAAAGAUGAACCUGUCACCUUGGAACCACAAGUUCUCCAGAAACUGUGGAGCAUCAAGCAUGAAGAUACUAUGACUCUGACUGAUGCUACUAUGAAAAAACAAGGUGAUUUGGGAUUCAAGAGAAAGAUCAAGGAUAUUGAAGUUGAAGCUGACAUGAAGCCCUCUCAGCCUACCAAGAAGGAAAAAGCGGUAAAAGCAGCUUUGGAUGGGCAGGCAUCGUUGCUUUCAUAUUUCGCAAGGAAGUAG